CGAUCGUGCCAUGAAAUAGUUCGCAAACGCGGAGGAUGUGCUACGCUCGCUUGCUGCAGUCGGUGUACGGCGGUGCAUGUGUCGGCGCACUGCGGGCCCCCGAUUAACGCACGUUUUGAUAAACCGCAGUAACUAUUGCCUCGUAGCUGUCGUGGUGUGCGACCGGCGCGGGGCCGCCGCCGCGCGCGCCCUGCCCGCGCAGGUGAUGCUGCUGCACCUGCGCCCCGAGAUCGAGCCCCCGACCGACGACGCCUCCGACACGCGGCGCGCUAAUCGCACGUCCAGUUCGCAAAAUACUACAGACGAUAAUACGACCACUACAGAAGCGAGUAAAACGGAGAAACAUGACUUCCGAUCUCCGAAAAAGCAGCUGAUUCUGAGCGACGACUUCGAUGACGAAGCCGGGGCUACCGAAUCACUCUACGAGGACAUCGUGGACUCCAUCAGGCAGUACGACGAGGACGAGAGGACCAGAACGCAGUAUUACAACAGCACGUUCUAUCUUCUCGAAGCUUCCAUCGAGGACGACACCCCCGCGUGGAACCGCGUCGCCAUCCUCAAAACCUCCUCGAUGCUGGCGCUCGACUCGUCGAAGGAUUGGAUAACGAACGUGGCUAUAGACUACCUCAUCGGAGUCCAACGCUGGAGCGCUCUGCGGGGCUCGGAGCUGAUAGACAUAGAACUGCACAGAAACGAGGGCCACGACCUCCCAGCAGUCGGCAUCCUGUGCGUGGUGUGCACGUUGUUCGGGGUGGCGAUAGCGGCGGGCGCCCAGCUGGCGAGGAGGCUGGUGGCGAGACGGAAACCUCGAAGGCCUCGGGCUGCCCCGAUCCUGGCUCUGUCGGAGUUCCAGUUCCCGGCGGACGACCGCCGGCGCGUGGGCGAGGGGAUGGAGACGAUGCUGUCGUGGCUGCAGCAGCUCCACGACUUCGGCGGGCCGGAGACGGAGCGGCCGGACCUACUCAAGCGUCCCGAGGCCCUGGCGCCCUCCGCUCCUUCCUCCACUUGCAGCGUCACUCGCCUCGCGCCAGACAAUCGACCGAGAUACAAAGGAGAUCCUAUUCACAUGAAAUACUUACCGACGGCUGCGUUGGAGCUGCGAAGAAAAGCGACAGAUGUGCUACUGGUGAUGCAGAGUAUACGACAUGAAAAUCUUAAUCCCUUUAUAGGUUGUCUGCCCGAGGUGCGGCCGGCGCUGGUGUGGUCGGCGGGCGCGCGCGGCUCGCUGGAGGACGUGCUGGUGGCGGACGACAUCCGGCUGGACUGGACGUUCCGGCUGUCGCUGCUGACGGACCUGGUGCGCGGGAUGCGCCACCUGCACGCGUCGCCGCUGCGCCUUCACGCGCGCCUCACCUCGCGCAACUGCGUGGUGGACUCGCGGUGGGUGCUGCGCGUCACCGACUACGGCCUGCCCGCCUUCGCCCGCACGCAGGGCCUGCCCUACCCGCCGCGCUCCGCUAGAGAACUCCUGUGGACGGCGCCGGAGCUGCUGCGCGAGGCGAGCGGGCAGGCGGUGCCGAGCGGCACGCAGGCGGGGGACGUGUUCUCCUUCGCCAUCAUCAUGCAGGAGGUCAUCGUCCGCGGGGAGCCAUACUGCAUGCUCUCGCUCUCGCCUGAAGAAAUUAUAGAGAAGCUAACCCGUCCGCCACCGCUCAUCCGACCGUCGGUGUCGAUGGGCGCGGCGCCGCCCGAGGCCGUCAGCGUGAUGCGGCAGUGCUGGGCCGAGCAGCCCGAGAUGCGACCCGACUUCAACCGCUUAUACGACAUCUUCCGUCACUUGCAUAGGGGAAGAAAAGUGAACAUAGUGGAUUCCAUGUUUGAAAUGUUGGAAAAAUAUAGCAAUAAUUUAGAAGAGUUAAUACGAGAGAGAACGGACCAACUCGACAUGGAGAAAAAGAAAACGGAACAACUCCUGAACCGGAUGCUGCCCAGAUCUGUGGCGGAGCGUCUCAUGCUGGGUCUGCGCGUGGAGCCGGAGGAGUUCGAGGAGGUGUCGAUCUACUUCAGCGACAUCGUGGGGUUCACCGCCAUUGCCGCGCGCUCCUCGCCCGUGCAGGUGGUCGACCUGCUCAACGACCUGUACACCGCCUUCGACGCCACCAUCGAGCAGUACCGCGUCUACAAGGUGGAGACCAUCGGCGACGCGUACAUGGUGGUCGGCGGGCUGCCGCUGCGCUGCGCCGACCACGCCGAGCGCGUCGCCACCAUGGCUCUGCACCUGCUGCACGUGGCCGGCCGCCUGCGCGUGCGCCACCUGCCCGGCGCGCCGCUGCGCCUGCGCGUCGGCCUGCAUACCGGGCCCUGCUGCGCCGGCGUCGUCGGCCUCACCAUGCCGCGCUACUGCCUGUUCGGCGACACCGUCAACACCGCCAGCCGCAUGGAGUCCACAGGCGCCGCGUGGCGCAUCCAGGUGUCCGCCGCCACCGCCGAGCGCCUCGCCGCGGCCGGCGGGUUCCGUCUGCGCCCGCGCGGCCUCACGCAGAUUAAGGGCAAGGGCGCCAUGUACACCUACUGGCUGCUCGGCAAGGACGGCUUCGACAAGACGCUCCCCACGCCGCCGCCGCUCGAGUGA